AUUUGAAAUAACGUCUUCAAACUUGUAGAAAGCAGCAGUCGGAAGCGGCUGCAAGUUCCUAUUUAGGCAAAAAUUAAAGAAAAUGUGUAAUCGCCGUAAUGUUUAUAUCAUUCUUGUAUGAAAUUAAAAACUCGUGCUUUGAUUUUGAGCUUAAAAAAUCGCAAAGAUGCUAUUUCGUUGUUCGCCAUUGAAAGUUAUCACUAUUAAUAGUUUUGGUUUAGUACUUUCUGUAUGAAAUAUAAAGUUAAAAUAUUUGCAAUAAAUUGUUUGUUUGUAAAGACUCUUGAAUUCUGACUUUAUAAAAUGAAUCUUAGGAGCAAAGCAUUUAAAUUAAUGCUAAAUGUAUUAAGGUAUAAUAGUUCUCAUUCUCGAAACUUGCCGAUCGUCAAAGUUUUAUGCUUAGACGAUGACAGCAAUAUUAAAGUUUCGUUUAAAAUGCCACGAUCUUCAUAUCUGAAUGUAAAAGCACCGAAAGAAGAAAGUUGUCAAAGCCUUCUGUCUCGAAUUAAACUGAUGGUGAAUUUACAGCGCAAAAAAGAAGAAAUGCGGCAAGUUGUUAUGAACAAAUAUUCAAAUGUUCAAGUUGCUGUUGAAGAAGCAGAAGAGGACUUUGAUGUAAAUUUGAUUCAAAAUAAUACAUUUAUGGAUGAAAAAACAUUAAACAUGGAAGCUUGGGCUCAGGCCACACAACUGAAGAUAGGUGAACUUAGUUUUGAUGUAAAAUUUAAUUUCCCAUCUGUUAUCAGUUUGAAUCUACCCGAAUACAUAUUAUCUGGGUGUAGUAUAAGACCUAGGUUUAGACUGGAAUGUGCUAAUUUAGAGGACUGCUGUUUUAUUUGGUAUCGCUCUCAAUCUAAAGACAAAUUCAAUGACCUAUUAAAUAUCCAUGGCUCAGGUGAUUUAAUUAUAGAAGAAGAUCGAAUUUGGUUAAAAGUUAGUGAGGGAUUUAUUUAUACAACUUGUUCAGAUGACAUAGGUUGUUUCUUGAAAGUCGUGUGCAUUCCUCGAAGGGGUAAAUAUGUGGGUCAAGAUUACUCUACUGCAUCAGUGGGUGAAGUUCAGGCUGUUCCUGAAAAAUUACCCUUUGAGAAAAGGCAAAAAUUUACACCCAAUCUAACUGAAGAUGAUAG